CGCACAUUUUCUUUCUCUCCCACAUCCCUCUCUUUCUCUUCGUUCUCUGCUUCUCACCUUUCUCUCUGUUUUUUAAUUUUCUUUUUUCACAUAUAAGUUGUGAACGAAGAAGAUGGAGCUGCGACGGAGGACAGAAAUGGUGGGCUGUGAACGAGGAAGAUGGUGGUCCAAACAACGCUAGGGACGAAGACUUAGGUGGGACGGGUGGUGGACAUGUGACACAAGGCGUCAACGAAGUUCCGAUAUUUGAAAGCCGGGAUGAUUACAGUUGUGACGGGGAAGAGAAUAGCAGGGAGAAGACGAAUGAGAUGUUGGAGAUGGAGAUAACAAUGGUGAUGAAUGUGAACAAAUUCGAAAGAUAGGCAUGAAGUCUCCUACAAAAGAUGCAGUUUAUGAUUUCUACAAAAAGUGUACAUAUGUCGGUGUGCACAGACGAAUGAAAGGCUCCUGGGUGAUUGUACUGACAACUAGUGUCGGUGUGAACAGAGUAAUAGUGUUUUUGUAGGUGUACACAGACAGUACUUUCUUUGUAAGUGUUUGUGUGACAAUAUGGUUUGAGUUUAGUAAUAUGGUUUGAGUGGUUAACUUGUUAUUGUUAUGUAAGAUUAACGAAAUGUAACGGCUUUUGUUGUGUGAGAUAUAUACAAAAGUGAGAGAUUUAUGAUUCUAUUUGGUUUGUAAGUGUUAUUUUGCCAGCAUGAUUGGAGUUGGAUUGGAGUUGUCUGUCAGCUUCAUAUGAUAUGCCUGUGAGGUUCAUAUCGUUGUCUAUGUGCUUUAUGGUAGUUGUUUGUGAAAUUCAA